GCCGGUCGCCCUUGGUUCUGUUCUAGUCUGUGUACCCUCUUUCCCUUUUGGGUCUUCGUUCAUGAGACUGGCACAGGGUCUCUGUGGGGUUAGAGACUUGGAGGUCUCUGCCCAAGCCACCUCCCAUCCCUUCCUUCUGAAUCCUGUCUAGAGCCCUUUUCCUAAGAAAGAGGGAGGAGGGCACCCACUGCAUAGGUGACAGUCCUAGGAAGACUUUCCUUGUUGUGAGCAGAGCCCCUGGGCAUGCCAAGCCUGGCCUUCCCCAGGAGGGCAGAGGCUCUCAGACAGGCUUCUCUGUCAGGUCAUCAGGGUACACCUGCAUGUGGCUGGGAUGUGGGGGAGCACUUGGAUAUAUAAGGCUCUGGGUACUGGCUAGGGAACUGGCUCAGUACUUUUUCAUGGAGCACCUGCUGUGAAAGCCUGACAAGCUGAGUUUGCUCAGGAGAACCCACUCCUGAAUUGUGCCCUCACCUCUACACACAUGUUUGCUACAUGUACACAUGACCUGCAUGAGCUGAUGAAGACUCUGGGUCAGUGCCUAGCAUGGAGACAAAACAGAUGACGAAUCUACUCUGCUCUGUCUUAUUUCCUUGUGACCCUGCAUGGCUUCCUGCAGGGAGAGGACUCAGUAGUUCUCUCUCUCUCCUGGGUUUUGUGCAGCUGGGGGUGGACCCUGGCCACACACACAGAUGCUAGGAAAGUGCUCACCUACUGAGCUGCACCAUCAGACCUGGGGAUACUGUUCUUACUGUUUAUAUGUUUGAGACCCAGCCUUACUCUAUAGCCUGAGCUGUCCUGAAGCUCAUGAUCUCCUGCCCCACCCUCUCCAGCGCUGCGGUUGAUCCCCAGGCAAGAACCAUCUUCCCUGCCUCGCCUAAGCAUGGGGGCUCCCUGGUGGGCGCCCUUGGCCAGGGUCAUCCACACACACCCCUUUCCUGGCAGGUCUCAUUUUCCUCCCUGUGCAGUGUUAAGUGGGUCCAUGGGUCUGAAAGCCUUGCUUCAGGCUGACAUAGGUGACCCUCCAUGUUGGCUUCCUAGUCCCAGACUUAUGUAUUUCUAAGAUGCAGUUUAAAAUCAGAGGUUGCCACAUCCUCGCAGGCAGUGCAGCCUAGAGAUAAGAAGUUUGUCAUUUGUCACCAUAGUGCUAUCAUUUUUGCUGUCAGUCCAGGCCAUAUGGUUCCUUGCAGCUGGUGGCCGGGCUUCCCUUAGUCCUUCGUUCCCUCCUACAGCAGUGUGUCCUGUGCUGCUCUGGGGACGGGACCUCAGGGAGAGCCGCUGCAUAAUCUCUGCAUGAGCAGUCUGAGAGCAAACCUAGGUGGUUGCGAGUGUUCCUGAAGGGAAGUAAGACAGAGCAGGUCUCUGAGGAACAGUGCUUGUAUCAGAUCUACAUUGAUGAGCUGUACGGAGGCCUGCAGAGACCCAGCGAGGAUGAGAAGAAGAAGCUGGCAGAGAAGAAGGCUUCCAUCGGCUACACCUAUGAAGAUAGUACUGUGGCCGAGGUAGAGAAGGUGGCUGAGAAGCCAGAGGAGGAAGAGUCACCAGCAGAGGAGGAGAGCAACUCGGAUGAAGAUGAGGUCAUCCCCGACAUCGACGUGGAGGUGGAUGUGGAUGAGCUGAACCAGGAGCAGGUGGCUGAUCUCAAUAAGCAGGCCACAACCUACGGCAUGGCUGAUGGAGACUUUGUCAGGAUGCUACGGAAAGAUAAGGAGGAGGCAGAGGCCAUCAAACAUGCCAAAGCCCUGGAGGAGGAGAAAGCCAUGUACUCGGGCCGUCGUUCCCGGCGACAGCGAAGAGAGUUCCGGGAGAAGCGGCUGAGAGGCCGCAAGAUCAGCCCUCCCAGUUAUGCCCGCCGAGACAGCCCCACCUAUGACCCCUAUAAGCGGUCACCUUCAGAAUCUAGUUCCGAGUCCCGCUCCCGCUCUCGCUCCCCGAGCCCAGGCCGCGAGGAAAAAAUCACUUUCAUCACCAGUUUUGGAGGCAGCGACGAGGAGGCAGCUGCUGCAGCUGCUGCAGCCGCCGCAUCCGGGGCUGCCCCAGGGAAGCCCCCUGCGCCUCCCCAAACGGGUGGCCCCGCUCCAGGCCGUAAUGCCAGCACCCGCCGCCGCUCCUCUUCGUCCUCCGCCUCCAGGACCUCCAGCUCCCGAUCCAGUUCGCGCUCCAGUUCGCGCUCCCGCCGUGGCUAUUACCGCUCUGGCCGCCACGCACGCUCCCGCUCCCGCUCCUGGUCCCGCUCACGCUCCCGUUCCCGGCGCUACUCACGCUCCCGCAGCCGCGGACGGCGGCACUCAGACGGCGGUUCCCGCGACGGACACCGCUACUCACGCUCCCCUGCCCGGCGCGGCGGGUACGUGCCCCGCCGAAGGAGCAGGAGCCGCUCCCGUUCAGGUGACCGCUAUAAGCGGGGUGCCCGGGGCCCCAGGCACCAUAGCAGCAGUCAUAGCCGCAGCAGCUGGUCCCUCAGCCCUUCCCGAAGCCGCAGUGUGACCCGGAGCGGAAGCCGCAGCCAGAGCCGGAGCCGAAGCCGCAGCCAGAGCCACAGCCAGAGCCAGAGUCACUCACCAUCGCCCCCAAGGGAGAAGCUGACCAGGCCGGCAGCGUCCCCUGCUGUGGGCGAGAAGCUGAAAAAGACCGAGCCUGCCGCUGGUAAAGAGACAGGAGCUGCCAAACCCAAGCUGACCCCACAGGAGAGGCUGAAGCUUCGGAUGCAGAAGGCUCUGAACCGCCAGUUCAAGGCGGAUAAGAAGGCAGCUCAGGAGAAGAUGAUCCAGCAGGAGCAUGAGCGGCAGGAGCGAGAGGAUGAACUGCGAGCCAUGGCCCGAAAGAUCCGAAUGAAGGAGCGAGAGCGGAGAGAGAAGGAGAGAGAAGAAUGGGAACGCCAAUAUAGCCGCCAGAGCCGCUCGCCCUCCCCACGCUACAGUCGAGAGUACAGUUCCUCCCGAAGGCGCUCAAGGUCCAGGUCCCGAAGCCCCCAUUACAGACAUUAGGCAGAAAACGGAGUUGGGGCUGUUAUGCUGCUGGGUUUCUGUAGUGAAAUAAAAGCUAACAUUAUUUAAUGGACUUCA